CAUGCUGCAGAACUAACAGCCCGGUUACAGGAGCUGACAAAACUCGCUCUCGCAGUUCAAAAUGAACAACCAUGGAAUCGUUUAAGGAGAGAAUUAGACAAUGCCGUGAUGGAGCUUCUUUCUGCCAGCCAUAAAGCUCUUCAGAGAGCCUGCGACGUCUAUCAGGUUGCUUCAGCAGAAUGCAAUGACUUUAUUGGAUCCCUCGUUGAUAGGCGCAUUAAUAUCUCCACAUCUACGAGGUACCUUAUCAAGCGAAUGCCAUUCGUCCUUUAUUCAGAUGACCUCUAUGAGUUGCAUAACUUCCAGAAAGUUUACAAAGGUGUGAAAGAACGUCUAGCUGAACUUUCGGUCGAGAUUACUGAUCCACGAUCAAAGGCAAUGGAGAAACUAGCUCUCACAAAAACCUUCUCCCCCAAUGGACCCUUUUUGGGACCCAACAAUCUGAUAAUUUCAUUGGGCAACCUCGAUUGCUUUCAAACCCAUCCUGAGGCCCAAUCAAAAUCGGGUCUCUUCUCUCGGGUGAGAAAAAAUGAUCUAAUAUAA